AUGGGAUGGGAUGGGCAGGGGAAGAGGCCGAGAGGACACAGCAAAGGGCAAAGGCGCGGAGGCGGGCGGGCCGCCGGCCUCCUCAUCUGGACCGUGCGAUCGGGCUCUAAGGCGCACAAGCGCUCGCAAGGGGGCCCCCGGAGCCGGAAGGAGGCGCCCCGGGCUCCGCGCGAACCCCAACAAAGGCGCACUCCGACCUCCCCACAACAUGGCGGCAGCCCGGCUCCACUCACCGACUCCGAGUUCCGCGAGACGGCGGCAGCACCUCCUCGACAAACGGCGGGCGGGCGAGCGCGCGGACCACACGGGACCGGACCGGACCGAACUAGACAGAGGCGCGAAAACCGCCUGCUACCCCCACUCCCAGCGCCCGCCGCCUCCUUCUUCCACCUCCUCCUUCCGCCACCCCAGACAAAAUGGCGGAAGCCCCGCCCCGGAGCGGGACUGGGACUGCUUCUAGCCAAUGGGCGCACGGAGUUAUCGCUCUCUGCCAAUGGGAAGGAGGAGCCCUCCCUAUGGGCCAAUGGGAGUGGAGCGCUGCCUCUGUCAGCCAAUGGGAAUGCAGCUCUCGCCUGUUGCUGGUUAUGGCUGCGGAGGCGGGGGCGGGGGCGGGUUGUUGUUGCGGAGAGUUUGAAAUGCUCGCGCAGAGGAGCACGACGGGAGCAGUCAUUCGCUGGCUGCGUGUUCGCUGCUGUGCUGGGCAGACCCCAGCGGCCCCAUGCUGCGAUGGGGCGCUGCAGGGUGGACGCCAGGCGCAAAAGGAGGCGUGCAUUCUUGGACUUGGCAGCUGGAUGGAUUUGUCUGGCUUGGCUCCGCUUGUUUGUUACAAAGACUCUGUUUGUCUUUUCUUUCCCCCCUCGGGAGUUGGGGGGUGGGGGUGAGGGUGGAGAGGAAUGGAGAAAGAAAGUAGUGGUAAUGUUGCCUGCCCACCCCCUAAAAAAAGAAAAGACGGAUAUUGAAGCUGUUUUUAAUGCCCAGAAAAGUUCGACGCGACAGAGUCUUGAACAUGGCCACCUAAGAGGAAUGUGCAAGAUUUGGAGUCAGAAGACGGGAACUGCAAUACCAGCUGUACUACUUACGACCUGUGUGAUGUUACACAUCACAUUCUUCAGAGCUGUCUCCUGCCACCAAGACUGUCAUCAGUCCUUCAGCCAGCCAGUGGAUGUCCAUCCUUUAAUUCUGUCAAGCUUGACUGAAGAACUUCUUAACACCUGGGAGUCUGUAAUUUCACCAAUUGAACCAGGGAAAUUAGUUAGUCAACUGUGCCCUGAUUAACUCGUCAACACCGCCCCCCUCCCCCACCCCCCCAAUACGUUCUUUAGGA